UAAUUCAUUCAAAUCAUACUUAACUUUUUGAACCACCAUUGUGCUUGAUCGCAGGAUAUAAAAUGUCAGUUGACGGACAAUCACCACGCAGAGGCUCAAUACCAUCAGCAAAUACCCCAAUCCUUCCGCCAUUAUCAGCAUUUGCGCAAAAGCGCGCUCUCGAAGAUGAUCAUCAACCUGCAGUAUCGUCACCCCUCAAUCCAGAAUUCAAGAUUCAAAAGACUGGAGAAGAAACACCCGGUGGCAUUCGCGAACGAGCUUCGAGGGCUAAGAAAGAAUCGUUGAAGAAAAGGGAAUCGAAAGCUGGAUCACUUGCGCCAGAGGGGAGUGCAAGAGCUACACCCGAUCCAAAAUCAAGCUCUUCCAUUAGAAAGAAAGCCACAAUCAACUGCAUUACUCCUUUACGAUACAAGAUCCCUCCACCGAAACUACCGGACUUUGAAGCUCCUCGUGGACCGACUCUCCUUCCUUCCCAUACCAAGAUCGCCCCAGAUGGUACAGAGAUUCAAUUCCACGAGACUACCGACCAGUAAGUUUUUAACCCAUACUGUAUUUAAAUAUAGGCUUAUAUAUGCAGCGUAUACAACAAAAAGAACUUCCGAUAUACUCGCGGUAUAGCAGAUCCGACUUUCCCUUCCAUUCUUUACUACCGACAAACAGAAACGGAACCCUUUGGUGCUCGAUUAAGUUUCGAAGAUUCGGCUCCUCAUAUGAUGAUGGAUGAAACGGCUACACACAUUACAACCGAUAAGGGGUUCAGAAUGGCAAAGGCUAAUGUAGGCAUAAGGGAGGGUCGUUGGUAUUGGGAAUGCAAGAUUACAAGUGGUGUAUCAAAACCUAAAGCAGGAGAACCAGCUCAAGAGUCGCAUGGCCACGUUCGUAUGGGAUUCGCAAGAAGGGAGGCAGCACAAGAUGCACCAGUAGGGUUUGAUGCCUAUAGUUAUGGUAUCCGGGAUGUGGCUGGACAAAAAGUAUGGAUGUCUCGACCCAAGGACUUUUUUCCGGCAGGAGAAUCGAUACACGAAGGAGAUGUUAUUGGGCUAGAAAUUAACUUACCAUCUGAAAAGUUGCAUCGAAAAGUCGUCGAAGGAAAUUACAACCCAGCGGUUGAUCUCACCGACGAGGACGAUGGUGGAAUGGAACGAGCAGAUAUGAUACGAGAUCGAGUACCUAUCCGCUUUAAAACUCACCUCUACUUUGAACAAAUUGAAUACUCCACUUGCAAAGAACUAGAAGAGCUCAUGAACCCAUCGCCAGUUAUAUCAUCAACCGGAGGUGUCUCAUCCGCAAUUCAAGAUCCUGGUCCAACUCAUCCUGUGCCCGCUCUCCGCACUCUGCCACACUCGUCUAUCAAGGUCUACAAAAAUGGAAAGUUAAUUGGGACACCAUUUACGGACCUUUUAUCCUUCCUCCCACCCGCCUCAAAACCACAACCUCAGGUUGGUGCUAGGGAAGGUCUAGAUGAUGGCAUGCUUGGUUAUUUCCCCGCCGUAUCGGUCUUCCGCGGUGGCGCAGCAGAAGUCAACUUCGGUCCUCAGUGGUGGUAUCCCCCACCAGGUUCAAGUACAGAAGAGAGUGAUGUGGAUAUGAUAAGUGAUAAUGGCUCCUCUCUCCCCAGUAUUAGAGCAGCGAGCGAGCGAUAUGAUGAACAAAUUGUAGAGGAUAUUCUUUAUGAUAUUGUCGAUGAAGUUGAUUUCUGGAUCAGAGAUGGAGGGGAUAGUGGGAAGGGUAAAAAGAGGGAUUUACAGUUUGCUAACGGAGGGGCUGCAAACGGUGGGGGCUUGGGAGGUGGUGAAGCUGGUGGGGAGAUCAAGGAGUUGGUGCAGGAUGAUGAGUAAGGCGAUGGCGUUUUUCGUGGGCGGCGGGCAAUUGGAGGUAUGUGUGGAAGUGGAAUAGAGAAUAAUUUAUGGGUAUGGAUACGGAUAUGAAAACUGGCACGGGUAUGGCUGUGGACAUUCAUGGCGUUUUUUUGGUGCUAUGUAUUGGAAUGGCAAUAUUUAUGGGAUAUAUAUCCUUAAACCAUGGUUGCUGUGUGUAUAAGAUCGAGCUGAAGUGUAUUCAGGGAGUGGAAUAUGUAAUAUGAAAGAUAAUACUAAGAUCUUACAAUACCAGUUGCCAAAGAAGUAGAGUAAUCAAAC